AUGCCGUUUCCCGCCUCUUCCCCCGUCUUUCCCCCUCUGACUACUCUCGUUUUCCUCUCCCUCUCCCCCGCUCUAUCCUCCACUGCCAUCUCCAGCUGCCCAGGAUCCCUCCUCGCUGCGCACUCUCUCCCUUGCUCCCCCCCUUCCCCUCACUCUCCCUACUCCCUUCCCCACCUCUCCCUGCUUCGCUCCUUCUGUCCGCGUGUUGAUCUCCGUCUCCGUCAUCACUGCCCCUCAGCAUCAUUCUUCAAGAGCAUGGCACAGUGCGCUCUUGCCUACCCCCCUCUCUUCCCUCUUCUCCCCCGUCUACCCAAGCUCCUCUCUGCCGGCCGUUCCUCGUCCUCCUCCCCCUCAUCACCUGUGUGCCACGCUGGGCGUGUUGUCUCUGCCACUGACUCUGUCUCCAUGCUGCAGGUAUGCUGGGGGAACAGUGCGGGGGUGGUGGGGUUGGGGGGAGAUUCAGGGGAGAGUGGGUGCCGUCAACUUAUCUCCGCGCUGCUUCCUCAGCAUGUCCUCUUUUACUCCCGCCCCCCUUCCCUCUCUCCCCUCUCCUACCCACUAUCCCCUUCCCUCUCUCCCCUUCCCUCUCUCCUCCUUCCGCCCGCAUCUGUUCUCAGAUCCCUCCUUCCUCCGGCCACCUCUCCCUUUGUUCCAGCUACAAGCAGGACUAAGCUAGUCCCAGGCGAGCCUGGCGGAACGGGAGGGACAGGCAAGCAGCAGAUGCACGACCAGAUGCACGAAGGCGAGACCGGCGCUAGAGGAUAG